GGUUUGUGGGUGGUUGUUGGCCACCACCACCGCCGAAACCAAAGAAAGGAAAGAAGAAAAAAAAAAAAAGUGAAAAAUCGGGGGCACAACGUCGAACGCGGCCCCGCUUGAAAGUCCGGCCGACGCGACGUUUUGAUUCGUCCGCCGUUGCCCGAACAGAGAGCGAACGAUUAAUAAUCCUCUCCUUUACCGGACGGCGACGUGAAAGAGAUUCUAUUAAUAAUUUCAGUUUUCUGUAAACUGCACGUUUGUUAACAUCUUUCGAAACCCCGGUGCCCCGAAAACACCGAACACCGAACGUAAAAAAAGCAACAGCCACCGCACACCCGGGACUCAUCGGCCGAACGCCUCCACGAUCACUUGGUGGUGCGACUGAUUUUUUUUGGCGCCAAAAUUAGGCGAAGCAACCCUUCGGUGUGGUAUGAACGUGCGAUUUGUCGAGGGGGAAGAGUGUUCUAAUUGAUUAGGAGGGAAGAUGCGCUCGGGUUUGUUGUUGGCUUUGGUCCUGGUGCUCGGCUGGGAGGCGGACGCUACGCCUCUUCGGGCCCAGGACGAGGAACAGUUCGACAGGCACCUGGACAAGUUCGUACGGGUGUACUACGAACGGUUCGUGAAGAAUCAGGAGCCCUCGGACGAGGGGAUGCAGGCCGAUCAGCCUGUUGACCAGCAGGCGGACAUGCCGGUGAAGAACCAGACGCAGGACGACUUCCUGCGUGCCAUGAGGAACAGCUACCGCGAAAGAGACGUUGAUUUAAGAACAAAAGACAAUUGGAUCCAACUGCUGAAAAACAAAAUCUUAAUAAACAUCGGACGCGGCAACGCAUCCCUGCUUCAAACCGAAGAAACAACCCUCCCAUUGAAUAUAACCCACCUGAUGUCCGGCUUCAACUCCACCACUAUCGACGAGGAUCAAAUAACCGAGAAAAUAAGGAGUUUUUAUCCGUCCUGCGACGUGCCCCAAAACACCGACCACGAAUUGUGGAGGGAGGAACACGUGAUGAACCUCUACUUCAACUUCGAUUACAACGGUGACUCGAACAUAGCCACCGCCACGUUGAGACUUUACAGGAUUCCCUUGGAGAACAACACGAAGACGGGUGUGAAGAACGAGGACUGCGACACGUCGGUGUCCGAUGAGGAGAAACUGAUCAGGGUUUCCAUUUAUUGGUACACCAAGUCGUUGAAAAAACGUAAAGCCAAACGUCGCCUGUCCGACAGCAAGGUGAUUUCCGAGGCCUCUCUGUGGGUGGAGCUGGACGUGAAGCAAGCCACCAAGGCUUGGAAGAAGGGAAGAAACUUGGGCUUAGCCGUAGUGGUCGAGGAUCAAGAUGGCAACAUACUGAAGGCCGACAAAUACUUCAAAGGAGCGAUUUGCAGGGUUGGCGCGUCAACCCCCAAACCGAUACCAACAAUCAUCGUCGACGCUGUUCGAAAAAACAACGAACAGUCUAGACUUCAUGACUUAUCUGGAAACGGUACAGCGUCAGCCUUUCAUAGUGAUCUACAACUGCUACCGAUCAUAGACGUUUGCACCCUGGAAUUUCCGGAAAAUCAAUCGGUACUGCUCGCCUCACAAAUCGGUUCGCUGCGCAUCACCGCCUGCAACCUGAAGAAGUUUCACGAGCAAGCGGAGAAAAUAGCGGAGAAGGAGCGUCUGGAGCGGCUCGUCACGUUGCCCAUACCGUCCAACCGUCACAUCCGGCACCAGAGACAGCACCUGGCCAACAAGCAGCACCAGGACGUGCAGGAGAAGAACUUCGAUCCACGUUCCAGGAUAGUCAACUCGAGGAUACUGUGGACGAACGAGGAGCUCCAGAGGUUGCCCCUCAACUUCAAUCAGACCAACAGAUAAAUUCGAGUGUACACGAUCGAUUAUCGGAAAUUUUGUUUAGCCCUAGCAUAUUAUAGAAUUAUAAGACUGUUUAGAUUAGCGUUACUAUGUAUCCACGUGUGGAGAUUUGUUCUAUUGUAUAUAAUUAAGUAUUUAAACAAUCACUUAGUUUAGGAUUGAUAUUUACACGUACUUAAUUAGGGUGUUUCAAUUAACUUUUAUUAAGUUUUUUUAUUUGUAUCACAUAUUUCAUUAUUAAUUUGUAUUGUGUAUGUAUAUAUAUUUUUUUAGGUCCGUAGUUGUCUUAGCGAUUUAUUUAUAUUUUCAUUAACUGUAUAUAUGUAUAUUAAAUUUUAUUUGAAUAGACUUUUUUUGUAGACA